AUGCUUUCCUCAUUCCGAAAAGCCUACCUAUCUGAAUAUGCAUUCCUCCAAAAUACUUCAAAUAUUUGCUUUGUUUUUCUUGUAUACAACAUUUUCAAGCGAACCAAAGCUGAGCUUGAGGUGGAGUCACUAAUGGGAGAACUGGAAAUGACGCGAAAACGACUGGUAAAAGCGCAGUCAGAGGCGGCGGAAAGCCGUGCUGCGUAUGUGGAUGCGGAAGCAAAAGCAAGUAGGUCCAUCCUCACGAGAAAGUUGAUUGAGUAA